GGACACCCUGCGCCUCUAUCCUUAACGGAAGAUGCAGAGGGUGAAACCCUCGACUUGAGCGAAGAUGAACCACCCCCGAGGCGACGGAACCGCGCGCCGACGGAAGACACACCAGAGGAGUGGAGGCGCCACCGUCUCGCCAUAAAGGAGGCUUUUCCUCAGGGGUGGUCUCCUCCACGUAAAUUAUCUCGCGAAGCCAUGGACGGUCUGCGUGCCAUGCAUAUCUACGACAAGCGCACGUUUUCGACGCCGGUGCUUGCAGAGAAGUUCAAGAUUAGCCCCGAGGCUGUCCGUCGCAUCUUGCGGAGCAAGUGGGAGCCAUCGAGAGAGCAACGAACUAGAUUUGCAGAACGGGAGCGACGU